CUUAUAGAAACAAAAACUUUUGAAAAACAACUUGAUACAAUUAUUUUUUAUACUCCUAGACAGGUUAUAGGAUACCUUUCCUCACGCUACAAAUAAUAGGAGCAGAGCAGUGAAGGGAAAUGUUGCGAAAACGGGAGAAGUUGUCGAAAAUGUAAAAUGCAUUGAUUUAAACAAAAAAAAAUAAUCCUUAUUUUUAUUACAAAGGUGUCUGUACAUUAUCUAGCUAGCCUUUGGUCAAUGUCCAAAGGUAACUGAUAUGUUGCGGAAAUAGAUAAGAUCAUUUAAUUUUGCUCUUCCCGUUGUCUCCUUCAUAUUUAGUAUAAAUAGCUUUAUGACCAUUUUGAAUUCCAUUUGUCUCCGAAUAAUUACUAAACACACAAUGCGCAUCCUUACUGUUCUAACACUCUGUGUCCCUUUGGUUCUGGGACUACCUUCUGACUCACAGAGGGUAACUGGACCGGUGACUAGUAUUGAAAAAUUUCCCUCCAUGGCUAACCUCAUGAGGUGGCAUACGUACCUAAAUGGAUUCGUGCAGAAUUGUGGGGGCAUCAUUCUCAACAACAGAUCUGUUCUUACUGCUGCUCACUGUAUAGCUGGUGACAGCAUUAACCAGUGGCGCAUUUUUAUUGGCUCUCCAUUUUCUCACCCAGCUCUAAACGACCGACAAAUUCACCCGGUUAACCGAUUCAUCAUUCAUCCUUUGUACACCUCCAGAACCUUAGACCAUAACAUUGCUAUCCUGCACUCUGCUGCAACAUUUACCUUCAGUAACAGAGCCAGUCCUGCUUCUUUAGCAGGUCCUAACUAUAACGUUGCAGACAACCAAAGCGUCUGGGCUAUCGGAUGGGGCGGAAGUUUCGGUUUUCGCUGUGAGGAACCACGAUCUCUGACUAAUGUGCAUGAGCGGCGACCUAUACCUGACUUUUUGAAUGAAGUCGAGCAAGUUAUUAUUAACCAGAAUGUAUGCAGAAACAACUAUGCGGCUCGUAACAUCGCCAUCACUGAUAACAUGUUGUGUAGCGGCUGGCAUACUAAUGGAAACGGACAUUGUGAUGAAGACUCUGGUGGUCCUCUCUACCAUAAUGGUGUGGUUGUCGGUGUCUUCACGUUCAGCAUCGGUAUAGCUCAAGCCAACUUCCCCAGUGUCCACACUCGUGUAUCUCGCUACACCUCUUGGAUUCAAGCCAACGCAUAAAAACAUAGAUUUAAAGGGAACACAAUGUUUUAAGUUUGUCAUUGCGUUAAAUAUAGGUUAAGUUGCAUUGCUAUAAUGUGUUUUUGUUAUAUACGUUUACGUUAAUUUUUUACUUUUAUUUAGAAAU